AUGGCAGAGAACGGCGAACAAAAGGUUUAUUGCUCAGCAACAGUCAACCCUUAUGGCCGUGUGGAUGAAGAGGUGGCCUCAUUGGCUCAAAAGGACGAGCGUCGCAAGAAGCGCAUGAAAUGCUUUGCUUAUGUUGCAGCUUUCGCAGUCUUUCAAACCGCUGUUAUAUUAGUAUUUGCACUUGUCGUGAUGAAGGUUAGGACGCCUAAAUUCCGCGUAAGGUCUGCUGCAUUUGAGGAUUUCCAGGUUUCAACAUUGACCACAAAUGCUUCCUUCCGCACUCGCAUGAUUACAGAACUUUCUGUCAAGAAUCCAAAUUUUGGUAGUUACAAGUACCAAGAUAGACUGUUGACUUCUUCUAUCAGAACUAUAAGGUAG